AUGAUCUGGGGCGGUUAUGAGAAACACCAACAACUGAAAUUUUGGACCUAUUAUGGUGAACAUUUCAACUAUCAUGGCGAUGUAGCGCGGGAGGAUGCGGAAUUUCAGGGAGAUUUUCAGUUUUAUUUUGCGAACGUCAUUGAGCAGGUCAUGUUCCACUCAACUGUCUUGGCGAUCACGGCCGAUAUCGGAACUUAUCUCAUGCUCAAGAAAUUGAAACGCGUGCGUCCGAAAAACGAUGCCAAAAAUCACGCCGAUAUUAGGUUAUCGAUUAUGGCGGUCACCACCCAUUGCGUUCAAUUGAUUCCGGCCCUAACUGCAGACUCAGAUGCAUUUGGUGAUUUCCGGAAGCUACUAUCCGGCUAUAUCUUGAUCACGAACUAUCACUGGAUUUCGGUGACUGCCGUGUCGCAGAUUUGCAUGUCGCUGUUAGUGCUUUACUUUAUGCGUCCACAACAACAGAAAAUUACCGAAGUCACGACUGCGGUUCUAACACAAGAGGCUAGGAUA